AUGAAGGACGCGGUCGCUUGGUUGUCGCUGUUGGCGAUUGUCUUCAGUUUGGUGACAUCAAGUUAUAGCAGUAUAAUCAACAGAUCCCCCGCACUGUCGGCGGAACAAGAGGAUGGAUUGGCUGCCACAGUAAGAGUCGGGGUUACGCUUUGGCUCGGUGAUGGCGAGACUUGCACCGCUGAAACCAUCACCGACACUUCUACGCAGACUGGAAAUAGCUCUCCAGGCGCCACUACAAUUACUAUCACCGAGGCCACUACUCAGACUAUUAAUGGUUGUUUAAAUGCCCCUACCUUGAGUGCAGUCGCCAAUGUUGGCGUUGGACCGCUCUGUCACGACCACAUCGAGGCCGCUUAUCACGACUACUUCAAGCUCCGUGACGACCACCUCGAGUUCUGUGACGACUUACUCGAUCGUACCUAUCACGACUACCUCAAGCUCUGUGACCACCACCUCGAGCAAGCCUAUCACGACCACUUCGAGCUCUGUGACGACCAGCUCAAGCGAGCCUGUCACGACCACUUCAAGCUCCGUAACGACUUACUCGAUCGUACCUAUCACGACUACCUCAAGCUCUGUGACGACCACCUCAUGCUCUGUGACGACCACCUCGAGCUUACCUAUCACGACCACUUCAAGCGAGCCUAUCACGACCACUUCGAGCUCUGUGACGACUACCUCGAGCGAGCCUAUCACGACCACUUCGAGCUCUGUCACGACUACUUCAAGCUCCGUGACGACCACCUUGAGUUCUGUGACGACUUACUCGAUCGUACCUACCACGACUACCUCAAGCUCUGUGACGACCACCUCAUGCUCUGUGACGACCACCUCGAGCUUACCUAUCACGACCACUUCAAGCGAGCCUAUCACGACCACUUCGAGCUCUGUGACGACUACGUCGAGCUUGCCUGUCACGACUACCUCGAUCGAGCCUAUCACAACUACCUCGAGCGAGUCUAUCACGACCACUUCAAGCUCCGUGACAACUACUUCGAGCGUACCUGUCUCCGUAACAACCACCCCAACAAUAUCAACCACUAUCACUCCGUGGAUGUUAUCACUAUUCCAGUGUCGACAACAUCAGCGACUACUGCCGGUGGCUCAACUGUCACUAUCCCAAAUACCACUAUCACUCUACCGGGAACAACACUUCCAGGGACAACUAUCACGACAAUAAUUACUGAGCCUGCCACCACCGUCACUGUAUCGGAUGGUACUAGCACUUUCCCCGGCUCUACCCGCACCACAACUAUCACAGGUCCUGGAAGUACAGUGACUGUCGGUAAUUCAACAACCAUUAUCGACACGGUCACUAUCUCAGGUUCACAAACAACCCAAACUAUCCCUCCAUCUACUACUGCCACUGUUAGCGGGCCUGAUACCACAUUGACCCAGAGCUCUGGCAGUACUACAACGGUAUCCGUCUCUGUAUGCUCCAGUCUUAUCAGCAACCCAACCUACACGCCCUCCGCCCCGUUGCCAAAUAACUAUACCUGGGGCUGCGCACCUGGGUAUCUCUGCAAGCCACUUCAUAUAGGUGAUCGCUCGGAAUGCAACGUUGAAGCAGGUCUUCCCGAUCCCGGAUACAUCUGCGCCCCCUCAGACUGCAUUGUCGCUCCGCCUUUGGACGUCCACCCAUCUUGGCAGUACAAUGUCUCGACUAAUUAUUACAACCUCAACCCGGAGGACUUCGGUCUUAAUUACUCUAUAUUCCAGUUCCCGGAAGACCCAGUUGCAGCCAAUAGUAAGCGGGACAUGUCCUUGUGGGACUUCGCUGUCGCCCAAAAGGUCAAAAUAGUCGACAUAACGAAUAUUCCAACUCUUUGUUACAAUGAUUGCAGCGAUGCCGCACAUGAGCCCCAACUGCUUGGUAAAACACCUGAGCUUUGCAAGAGUGACUCGGCGUUCAUGGAAAACUUGGAUGUUUGCGAGGAGUGCAUCACCAACAACGCUGAAUCGGGCUCUAAUGAAUAUUCAUCCAGAAUGUUGCCGACGUUUGCACAGUGGCUGAAUUUCUGCUCCGACUUGGUCACUUCCACAACAGCACAAAGUGCCACCAGCACUAAAAUGGAAACUACAGCGACGAGCACUCAGGUCACCACUACUACCAGCACUGAAGCAUCGACAGGAGCCACAAUUACUAGUACUCAAGCUAGCACCACUGAGGCUAUCAUCACCAAAGCUACCGGCACCGAACCAACAAGCACUGAAGUUACCAGCAGUGAAGCUACCAGCAGUGAAGCGACGAGCGCCGAAGCUACCAGCACCGAAGCUACCAGCACCGAAGCAACAAGUACUGAAGUUACCAGCAGUGAAGCGACGAGUACCGAAGCUAGCAGCACCGAAGCUACUAACACUGAAAAUACGAGCACUGAGUCCACAACUACUGAGACAACGAGCAAUCAGUCCACUGAAGAAAGCACUGCUACCACUGGGACCGAGGAAACAUCCAGCCCAGUCGAGACAACUCAACCAGUCACUCUCAUUAAAACCUCCGCCUCCGGCUCAAUUGUGACAACCUCGGUGUCUGCUUCACUUGUCACAACUUCAUUCUCUGGAUAUGUUGUCACCAUCUCAACGUCAGGCUCCCUCGUGACAAGCUCAGUGCCUGGGUCUAUUGCGACAACAUCAGUAUCUGGCUCGCUUAUCACAACAUCAUUGUCCGGUUCAAUCAAGACGGUGUCGAGUACCCUGGGCGCAGGAGCUGGCAGUGAAAGCACAUCUGAUAAUGCUUCCGGUAGUUCAUCGGGCUCGGGUCGCGGAAGUCAGACCAAUUCGGCAACUACCUCUACAUUUUCUCCGGCCUACAAUGCGGCUGGAUCUUCAAAUAUCCCUCAUAUUGGCUUGAUUGGUCUUUUGUGGGCUGUUUUUGCACCACUCCUUUAG